UGUGGGAUGGGCUGGGGCAAGUGCCCGGGCCAGUGUGGGGUGCCUUAAAUUCUCCAAACUCUGAUCGCUGUCCAGAGGAGUCAGAUCUCCGGAAGGGAAUCACAGCGUGCAUAGGGACUGCAGUAACUCCUGCAGCAACAGAACAGGCCCAUCUCCUAGACUGAACAAUCUUGCCUGUGGUUACCACCUCCUGCCCCAGCUCACAGCACCACCCUCCACACUCCCCCUCACCUUCAACCAUGAAGUCCUUUUUAGUCAUGUUCCUUGUAACCAUCAUUAUGACCAAGCAACUUGCACAAGCUCUGGAUUGCCACGUCUGCACAGCUAAUGAUAAUGACUGCUUGAACCCAGUUCGUUGUCCAGGGCUAGUCAUCUACUGCAAGACCAUUCGGGCCUACUCUCCAGCUGUGGUCUACAAAUCCUGUGCGGCCAGCUGCACCAAGGACGGCGUGGAGGAAAUCCAGAUAAAACAAAAUGCCAAGGUGUCCUGCUGCCAGACAGACCUGUGCAAUGGGGCUGCCUCCCGCUCCUCAGGCCUCAUCCUCACUGGGCUCCUCAGCGUCUUCUGGGGUCUGUUCACUCUUGGCCUCUGAGCUACAGCCAGUAGAUACACAGAUGGAUAAACGGACUUCACUCCCCUCCUUUGGACUUAUAGCUCUGCCUGGCUCCCAGGUGAGAGAGCGAGACUGCUCCCAUCCUCCCCUCGUCACUAGACCCCACACAGAGCACUGGGCUGCUUCCAGCCCCACCUCCAUCACGUACCACCCCCCUACUGGUAUGUCUCUGUUUGGGUCCUGAUUUUCCUAUCAGUAGAAUAGACCUGGCGAUCUUCCUGAUACCUGGGGGUGAGGGUGGAGGAUGACUCUUAUGAUUAGAUCUUGAUUUGGAAGGGAAUCACAGAAUCAGACUUGGAAGGGACCCCAGCAUCCCACGCAACCUUCAUUUGAGCAGCAAUCCCCUCUAUGAUCUCCCUGACGAGCUCUCAUUCAGAGUUUGCGUGAUGAGAAACUCACUAACUGUCUAGGCAUCCCAAUCCACUUUCAGAGAGCUCUAAUUGGUAGGAAGCUUUUCUUUACAUUGAGCCCAAAUCUCCCUCUCUCUAAUUUCUAGGCCUGGUUCCUAAUUUUGCUCUCCAGGACCAAGCAGACCAACUAGAACCUAUCUUCCACAUGACAGGCCUUCACAUAUUUGAAAACAGCUAUUAUUUCCCCUCCUCCUCUCCCCCUGUAAAUCUUCUCUUUUACAAGCUACAAUCCACCCCAACCUCCAUAUCCCCGCCCAGUCCCUUCAACCAGUCCUUGCAUGGCAGGGGACCUCAAAGAUCAUCCUAGCUGGCUUUCCAGUUACUUUGGGGUUUCAGGACUAUCUUAAAGAAUGCCUGAGGGGAAGGGGAAGAAAGCUCUCUGGGAUCCCUCCUGCCCAUUGAGGGGAGGCAGAGGGGGUGACAAAUACAGAACUCCAAAAGCUGCUCUUGGACUGGCUGUACCCCCGCAGUCUCAAAUGCUUAUUGAUCUACCAGAUGUCACCCCAGGGCUCUUUCUACAAAAGGGAAAGCAGAGGGAAAGCAGCCAGGCUGGCAUUGGCCCUGGAAGAGAAUCUCUGGAGGGAACAGAACACUUUGGGCUUUUUUUAGCUGCCCUAUUCAACCCUGGACUGGGAAAACACGGCCUCUACCCUCAAGGCAUCCCUCCCUGCUCCUCCUUCCACUGUGAAAGGGCAAACAUGACUGUUUACUCCAGUUACCUCUUCCAAGGGAAAUAGGAGAGGCUGAGAUUAUAGGAAGAGGAGGCUGGCUAAAACAGCCCAGUCAUACUCGAGGCAGACCUACCACUCUCUGGCUACAGAUUUGAGGGUCUAAAGGAUCAGCUGCCCCUCCCCCUGCUAUCACCUACCUGUGGGGAUGUUUCAUCAUCCAUCCUCUGGAGUCAAAGACCCCCUCAUCUUUUUUUUUACAGCUGAGGAAACUGAGGUCCAAAGAAGAAAAGAGGCUUGCCCAAGUUUAUGUACAGCUAAGUAGUAGAUAAUAAAUAGCAGAGCAUGGACCAGAACCUAGAUAAAGCAGUGGAUAGAGUACUAGACCUGGAGUCAGGAAAA